GUCAAUCUGCAUUUAAUCCCGUUGAAAAAGCUAUGGCGACUUUAUUCAAGAAACUAGCCAGAAUUUCUUUUCUUAUUGAUAAAUUUGGCAAAUAUCUUAAUUCUCAAGAAAAAAUUUUUGGUAAAUCUGUCUAUUCUGAAUAUAUUGAUGAACAACCAGUUCCUUUGUUAGAUGUAACUUUUAAGACAAAUGCAGGAAUUGAUGAUAGUAAUAAUAAAAUUGCUGAACAGGUUCCAUGG